ACUCAGUCUUUCGUCUUCAGAAGAAGAGUCUCUUUCUGCAGUCAAGUCAAGUCAAGUCAUGGCAAUGAAGACGCGAAGAUCUAGUUUGUUGACCUCCUUCCUCCUUGUCCUGUCCCUCCUAGCGAUUGCCACUGCUGAAGUGUUCUUCGAGGAGCGAUUCCAAGAUGGCUGGGAAGAGCGGUGGGUUAAAUCUGAAUGGAAGAAGGAUGAUGGUAUGGCAGGGGAGUGGAACUACACUUCUGGUAAAUGGAAUGGUGACGCAAACGAUAAAGGUAUCCAGACCAGUGAAGAUUACAGGUUCUAUGCUAUAUCAGCCAAAUAUCCUGAAUUCACCAACAAGGAUAAGACUUUAGUUUUCCAAUUCUCUGUUAAGCACGAACAGAAGCUUGAUUGUGGCGGUGGCUAUAUGAAGCUGCUUAGCGGUGAUGUUGAUCAAAAGAAUUUUGGUGGUGAUACGCCGUAUAGUAUUAUGUUUGGACCAGAUAUCUGUGGCUUCAGCACCAAGAAAGUUCAUGCUAUUCUCACACGCAAUGAAACAAACCACUUGAUCAAGAAGGAUGUUCCAUGUGAAACUGACCAACUAACCCAUGUGUAUACAUUCAUCCUUAGACCAGAUGCUACCUACACCAUCCUCAUUGAUAAUGUCGAAAAGCAAUCUGGAAGUUUAUACUCUGAUUGGGAUCUUCUCCCACCAAAGGAAAUCAAGGAUCCUGAUGCAAAGAAGCCUGAGGAUUGGGAUGAAAAAGAAUACAUUCCUGAUCCAGAAGAUAAGAAACCAGAGGGUUAUGAAGAUAUUCCAAAGGAGAUCUCAGACCCAGAUGCUAAAAAGCCUGAAGACUGGGAUGAAGAAGAAGAUGGCGAGUGGACUAUCCCAACUAUUCCUAACCCCGAGUACAAUGGUCCAUGGAAGCAGAAGAAAAUUAAGAAUCCCAACUACAAGGGAAAAUGGAAGGCACCCAUGAUUGAGAACCCAGAUUUCAAGGAUGACCCAGAUCUCUAUGUUUUCCCAAAAUUGAGUCAUGUUGGAAUUGAACUAUGGCAGGUGAAAUCUGGAACUCUCUUUGAUAAUGUCCUUAUCUCUGAUGAUCCUGAAUAUGCAAAGCAGUUGGCCGAAGAAACGUGGGGCAAACAUAAAGAUGCAGAAAAAACUGCAUUUGAGGAGACAGAGAAGAAGGGAGAAGAUGAGGAUUCAAAAGAGGAUUCAGUUGAUUCAGAUGAUGAGUCUGAAGACAAUCGCAAUGACAAUAAACCUGAAUCAGAUGCAAAGUCUGAUGAUGAAGGUGAAGACACUGAUGAAGAUGAUGUAGCUGCUGCUGCUGCUGCUAAACAUGAUGAACUAUGAGGAGGAGAGUGAAACAAAGCAGAUGGAGUUGGAUUUUCUUUGAAGGAUUUUUUAAAUAAUUGUUUGUCUCUGUUUGAAGCAGUUAGUUUGUCUUUGUUUUGUGAUAAAAGAUGAAUGGGAUUUUAUAGAUCAGAUAAAUAGGGUUUGUAUUAGAAUUUUGUUUUAAAUAAUGAAUGAGUGAACAAGUGUGUCGGGUUCAUAUAUAUAU